AUGGGCCUUCUUGAGGAUGGGAGGCUUGCGUUGUAUCAACGCUUCCCCGAGGGGUCUGUGCUGUACGACCCCAGCGAUCUGCCGCCCCGUGAGGUGCCUAUUUCCAGCGAUGCUGCGGAAUACGGUGUGACGGCCUCUAAAUUGGUUCCGUACAGCCACUAUGAGGCGUACCUCCCGGACCCCGUCACAGGUGAGUUGCAUGCAAUUACCGGCGAAAGCGUUUGUAUCUACGUGACAAAUCUUCCCCCAAACACAACGGCAGUAAUGCUGGGACGGUUCUUUGAGGCAUUGGACAUGAUUGUAGAAGCGGAUGUCUUCACAACACCGUCGGGGGAAUGCACGGGAAGAGGCUGGGUGGUUUUUCAGGACCCCUCAAAACUACUACUGGUCCCUCCCGUGCUGGAGUUUUUUCCGCAUGUAUUCAUUUAUACCGCUCUUAGCGACAAGGUUCCUGCGCGGACGAUACUUACAACAUCUUUUUUUUCAGCGAUGCUGCAUCCUUGCGCCGACGUUGUUACUGCCGCUGAACCCAGGCUCAAUUAUGCUCGCGAUGGCAGCCAUAGGAGGAUCAAUGGCAAAGCAUCCGGAAACGUGCCCAGGCCGCCAUCUACGCUGGCUUCAUUAGUGGCCAAUAGAAGUUCAUACUACUUUGUUGCCUUUAUUCGGAAGGAUGAAGUUGAGAGAUCGGUGAAAGAAGGCGUGUUUUGGACGACUUCGGCGAAUCGAAGUGCCUUUUACUCAACGCUGGAUAGAGGACCUGUGAUUAUCAUAUUUGUGCUGCGGGAGUACCCGGCCAUAUUUGGCUACGCGUUUUUGCUUCCACCGGGGAACCAUGACACGGACGGCACAUCGGCUUGCCCUGUAGAAUGGGUGAAACAUCAUGUGUUUCUGAAGGAGCACGACAUAAUAACAAUUCCAAGUAUACCAAUAUUCAGAAUGGGUGAUGGUGUGCCUUUGAAACCGGAGAUUGGCGAAAGCAUAUGUCAAUUGGCAGAGCAGUACCCAUCUCUUCCCGCUGUGCCAGAACGAUUAGGUCAGCCGCCGCCCAACAACGGCCGGCAUUUGGGGCGUGGUGGCGGCAUUGUCGCUCUUGGCGGCAACAAGGCGGACUUUGGUGGCUUUAACGCUGUGGAUGGUGGGGGCGUCGUUCACCCAAUCGGCGAUAGAGAACCAUUACUGCCCGGCGUUAGCACAAUGUCGCCGCCCUACCCACUGGGAACACGUCCGCCCACAAGAGGCGGUCAUGUGAUGAAUGGUAGGAUUCCCCCACGGCGGCGUUCAUACAAUGAUCAUCCCAACGCCUACUCAGGCUACAGCGGUGGUAGUCUGCUCCCGCGAAAGGUGUAG